AUGAUACCACUUGCGUUUUUAUUCUUCUUCGCUUCAGCUACGACGCAUUUACCAAAUGUUUCUUACUCAACAUUUACACCGUCUAAUGCAACGACUAAACCACAGACAAAUAACACAGAAUCGUCAACAUCAAUUGCACAGCCAAUAUUGACGUCAAACACAGCGGCUUUCACAUCGAACUCUUCACAAGAACCUGCUAUUAAUUCAACUUUCCCAUCAACUUCCACUCCGAAUCUAUCAGUGACAACAAUAUCAGCAAUAUCAACAAUAGGACCAACAGCAACAGAAACGAAUACAACAUCACAACCACCGCCACCAUCACCAACAACAACAAUAACUCAAGUACCACCCAAACAAGGUCGAAAAUUUGAUGGAUUAAGUUUUGUGGGUGGUAUGAUUUUGGUUGUUGGAAUUGGUGCGCUUGCAUAUUUAGUUGUAAAAUACUUAAGAAAAAGCGGAAAACUACCAUAUUCAACACUUCGAUAA